UGUCAAAUUUCCAAGCAUGAAGAAACGUUCCACCAGUCUCCGGAUCAGGCUCCCUGUUCUAGUACUUGUCCUGGAGGGGCUCCUCCUAAGUCUCUAUGCUGCCUUUGUUACCUACGAUGACCAAGCUAAUGCCAGACUACAGAGCAAUGACACCAACCCCAUGGAUAACACACUGUAUCAAGACUACCCCUUCUUCGUUGACAUACAGGUCAUGAUAUUCUUGGGUUUUGGGUGUCUCCUAGCAUUUUUCAGACUCUAUGGCUUUGGAGGGAUGGUUUUCAACUUCCUCACUGCUACCUUUUCUAUCCAGUGGGCUAUUCUAGUGCAGGGUUUUUUUCAGUUCAGAUUCGAUGACUGUAAGAUCCACCUGGGAGUUGCCAACCUGAUCAAUGCUGAGUUUGCCUGUGCUGUGGUGCUCAUUUCUUGUGGAGCCGUGUUAGGGAAAACCAGCCCUGUGCAGCUGCUUGUCAUGGCCCUAUUGGAGGUUCCCAUCUUCGCCAUUAAUGAAUGGGUUGUGCUGGAGUACAUACGAAUCACCGAUGCAGGUGGCUCUAUAUUAAUCCACUUGUUUGCAUGUUACUUUGGCCUAGGUGUCACAUUCAUGCUAUACAGGCCGUGUUUAAAUCAGGGCCAUGCAAAAGAGAGCACCAGCUACCAUUCGGACAUCCUGUCUGUGAUGGGGACCCUGAUCCUGUGGGUGUUCUGGCCCUCCUUCAACUCUGCACUGACCCUGAAGGGAGACGACCAGCACAGGGCCAUUCUCCACACCUUUAUUGGCCUGAGCGCCUCCACACUCACAGCCUUCGCCCUAUCUGCAAUGCUUAACAAGAAUGGAAAGAUCACGAUGGCUGACGUCCAGAAUGUGACCUUGGCUGGAGGGGUGACAGUUGGGGCAUGUGUGGAUAUGAUGAUAUCCCCAGCAGCUGCUUAUGCGUUGGGUAUGAUGGGCUGCACUGCCUGUAUGCUGGGGUACAAAUACCUCAGCCCCUUUUUGGCUCAACGCCUCAGGGUCCAGGAUCAGUGUGGCAUACAUAACCUACAUGGCCUGACCGGACUCAUAUCCUGCACUGCAGGGAUAGCAGCCAUACUGACCGCCUCUGAGGAAGUGUAUGGGCCUAGCAUGUAUGAGAUAUUUAGUCAUAGGGCACCCAUGGAGGGGGACCCGAAGCUUCUUGAGCUACAGGCAUUGAUCCCUGGUUUGCAGCCUGGCCUGGGUCGUAGUGCAAAGGAGCAGGCCCUCUACCAAGUAGCAGCUGUCUUCUCCACAAUUGGAAUGUCAACACUGGGAGGCAUUUUCACAGGAUUUGUGUUGAGUCUGCCAUAUCUUGCAUCACCAUCAGAUGACCUCUGCUUUGAUGAUGAGUUGUUUUUUGAAGUUCCAUCUGACUAUGACUCUCCAAUGGGCCUUAAUAAUACAAAAACUGAGGAUACUGUAGCUUAAAACAGCUAAGCAGUUCUCUUAGGCUGGUUCUUUACUUCCAAAAUAAUUUUUGAUCUUAUUUUUUAACAAGUUUUUACAGUUCAAUGUAGGUAUUAAUUAUGGACCAUCAAGAUUUAUUACACAGGUGAAAACAUCCAUGACACUCAAACUAUGUGAUAACCACAGAUAACUAUGUGAACAACGAACAACAAAAUUAUGUAACCUCAUUGUAAUAGAAUUUUGGGUUGUAUGUAAAAUGAAUGUGUUUUAAUUGUGGUUGAAUUGUAAGCUCCUUUGUUCAUUGUUAAGGAACAUCCUGUGACUAGCUUACAUUUUUGCAAAAAAUGACUUAGGGGUGAAGGAUUUAGAGAAAUGUUGGUUAGGGGGCUAGUUUGACCAGGGAGGGAAAUCCAGACACAAAGUUUGGGUGAUUUAAGAGUUAUGAGUUUUGGGGAAUGUGUUGAAGAGAAGAUGCAUUACCUUUUCCUGUUAAGACAUCCAUUAUGGAGAAGAGUGUGUUCAAUGUUUAUAUUGAUUGAUUGUUGUUUAGAGAGACCAGAUGCUUGACAAUUCCAGGGCACUCCUUUAAAUAUCGAAGCUGAAGAUAUGUUAAUCAGAACUUGUGAGACGCUGUUUGGGCGUGCGCUACUUCUGAUGCCAUCUGAUCAGGGCAUCAGUAACAUGUUAAGUAACAAUGUUUGUGUGUUAGUGUGUGUGUCAGUGAACAAAAAAACUGAUGUUUGACAUGAAAUUAGAAGGCAUAACUUCUUAAAGCAGGUUGUAGUUGCACCCAUUGCCAUACUUUGUCGUUGUGGUACCGUUUUAAAUUAGACAAUGAGUUACUACGACGUAGUGUUUUUUAACAGUAUUUCCACGCAGGUCGUGUUUUGUCUGUUUGUUUUGACCGUCCUCUUGUCGAGUGACUGGAAAACCGAAAUGCUGCCAGACGUCGGACUUAAGUGGACGGGGAAUCUUCUAUUUCAGUUUCAGCCGAACUCGUUUUGUCCUGCUAGACUACUGCCCAGUUCAAGCUGUGAAUGCGCAAUUCUGUGUGCAUGUGUGACGCAGGUGCAAGAGGUUGCGUGUUG